AGACAAAAUUCAGUACUUAAGCCAGACUUUCCCUUUCUUUAAAGAAAUGGAUCAGGACAAGCUUUAUAGAUUGUCUAAAAAGGUCAAACAGAAGAAAAUGAAGUAUGAUGACAUCUUGAUCCUUAAGGGAAUGACUCCAGAUUGUAUGUACAUCAUUAAAGAAGGGUCUCUCAGAGCAGAGGUCAAGCUUGACACUUUUAGCACCAAUAUUUGGCCCAUACAUUAUAAGUUGUGGGAGAUAAAGCAGAGUAAGACUAAUCAUUGUUUUACAUCUGUUGUACUGAGAAAGAACAAAAUUUUUGGAACCUCGAAUAUCCUCAAGAAGAAGCCAUACGCUUGAGACAUUGUGUGCAACAGUAAAGAAGCUAUUGUUUAUUGACUCGAGGUUCAACACCUUCAAGAGUUUCUUCAAAAAGAUGAGUUCAAGAAGAUUAAAGAUGUGAAAUAUCCUUGAGCUGAGUUAGCCCUCAAAGAGCUAAAAUAUAUCAAAAAGGGUUGUAAAAGGCAUAAGAAAAUCCUACAAGAUGCUAUUAAUGACUCUUCAAGGCAAAAUCUCUCAAUGACUAAUAAAGCCUACUCGAAGCAUGUACAGCCAUGGGUAGAUUCACUUGACCUCAGAAAUAACUGUCGAAUGAUGAGUCAAAUUCGAAAGGAGAAGGAAGAAGAGUAUUUAGAGCACUCCAAUUAUGCUAACCCAAGGAGGUGAAAAACAAGGACAACAUUCCGAAGGAAUAUUUUAGGCAAAGCUCAAUAUAUAUAAAA